GGUUGAUGGAGCGAGGUCCUGUAGCGACAGCCGAGCCGGAGGCUGCUGCUCCUGGCUCUCUCCCGUGGGUUUGGCCGCUUCAUCCGUGUUUUUGGAAGGACAGCUGAGGGUCCGGGUGGAGGAGGCCACACAGGAUUCACAAAUAAAUUCUACACCAAGCCCACGACUUCUGCGAGGUCUCCUCUUGCCCCCAUGGACAGGCUCCAGCCGUGGCAGGGCUUCAAGCACUGUCUGGUGGCUCACAGGCUUGAGCUCUGAAAGAAUGGGGACGCGCUGCCCAGCGCCAUGAGGACCAGCCGCUGCAGCCACCUGCCUGGAGUCCCUCCGGAGUGCCCGCGCCCUCCGGCCCUCGAUGGCAAGAGCCUGCCCGGCAGCAGCGGGGGCCUGGCCACCAGCUGUCCCCAGUAUGUCAUGCAGGUGUCCUCCAAGGACGGGCAGCUGCUCUCCUCCGUGGUGCGGACCCUGGCCGUGCAGAGCAGCCCCUUCAAUGACCGGCCCAUCUGUAGGAUCUGCCACGAGGGCAGCAGCCACGAGGAGCUGCUGUCCCCCUGCGAGUGCACGGGGACGCUGGGCACCAUCCACCGCAGCUGCCUGGAGCGCUGGCUGUCGUCCUCCAACACCAGCUACUGUGAGCUCUGCCACUUCAGCUUUGCAGUGGAGCGCAAGCCCAGGCCACUGGUGGAGUGGCUGAGGAACCCGGGCCCCCAGCACGAGAAGAGGACUCUCUUUGGGGACAUGGUGUGCUUCUUGUUCAUCACCCCGCUGGCCACCGUCUCCGGCUGGCUGUGCCUGCGAGGAGCCGUGGACCACCUGCACUUUAGCAGUAGGCUGGAAGCUGUUGGCCUCAUUGCACUCACUGUGGCACUCUUCACUAUUUACCUCUUUUGGACCCUGGUGUCCUUCAGGUACCACUGCCGGCUGUACCACGAGUGGCGUCGGAACAAUCAGCGGGUGAUGCUCCUCAUCCCAAAAUCUGCCAACGCCCCCUCCACCCAGCAGUCCCUGCUGGGCCUGCAGCCCCUCAAAAGGAGCUCCAAGGAGACAAUCGUGUGAUUUGGGGUGCAGCUGCACACUAAAGAUAUUUUUCUUUCCUCAGACCCACCGGGGUCGGGCAGCGUCCAGCACCCAGGAAUGUGCAAUUUGGAUUUACAGACUGACUGCAGAGGGAUAAAUCACAGCCAGAAUUCAAGUCAUGGAUGCUGCAGUCAUUUGUGGCAUUUGCUAAGCUGCCAAAUGAGUUUAGUUAGCAGGGACCCUAUGGAUUCUGCAAAUAUGUUAAUUGUUGCGUCAUCGAGUGAUGCAAACUUUUUUUAUUGUUUAAAGUAUUAAACUAUGGUAAUUAACAAUGCAAAACAGGUUUAAAAAGUGCUUUGUUUUUAUGAUUUCUUGUUCCUACAGUACUGUUUCUUUGAGGAGCUGGACAGUAACCAAUAUUUAUUUCUGCUUCCUAAAGCACAGCAAUGGCAUUUCCUCAUUUGAUUUUAUCUGCAGGUCUAUUAUACCAAUGUUUUGAUUAUUAAAAUAUGUGUGUAAUGAGGUCUACAAAUUGGCACAUUAUUUAAAUGCUACAAAGUGAUUAGAAAAUUGAGUUACCCAUUUUCCUAUUUGGCAGGAGAGGUCUGACAGGAAGAUUCUUCAGUUAUGAAUCUAGCAUGUGCAAGAGAAAAAUUAUACAAAUUGCAAUAAUCUUCCUGUCAAAAGUAUUAUAGCACAUAGCACUCAGGAAAAAAAAAAAUUGUACUUUUCAACGAAAAACUACCACAUUCUUCAGUGAAGUACACAUUCUGCUGGUAUGAAUUCAAACUUAUCCAACAUAUCCUGCAUUUAUACCAGGCUGAAUUUAACUCUACUGCUUACUUUUGUAUAGGGAAAGCUCUGCAUACAUAAUAAAUGAGAUCAUCAGAUAAGUUUUAGGAAGCAGGGACUCAUCUUGAAUGAAGAACAGCAUUAUUUUAAAGCAGCAGAAACUCCAGCUUGACAGGUAGGAUUUGGCAGAGUUUGCAAACCCUGACAUCUCAUGGCAGCACUGAGACAAAAAAAAAAUUAAAAAUAUUUAAUACAGUCUUCUGUGAUGGCCAAAUUGAAUCUGGAGUGUAAAAUCAGACCUUAUUCCUGGCUGACUUUAUCUGCUUCCCCUUGGUUUUAUGCCUAAUUCAUUCAGCAAUUUUUCAAUCCCAGAAGAGACACACUUAUUUUAAAUAACUAUACAAAAUCUCAUUACUAAAUGCUGCUAGAAUUAGAAAUUGGUACAGAGCCCCUCUGAACAGAUGAAUUUCAUAGAAUUGUGCAUGGAUGGCAAUACCACCAUGUGCUUUGUUUUCCAAAAACUGCAGGAACUGAAAAUCAAAAGGAAGACAUAGCAGGAAGGCUAAUAAUUUGUUAUUCAUAAAGUUCAAGGUAUUAUGGGUAUUUACCACCAGACAAGAAGUUAUUUGAUGUUUUGUGUGUGUUCUGUGGGAGGGGGAGAAAGCUUCGUACUCAAAGCCAAAUCUGUUAAAUUUCUUUAUUCUGUCUGUGGACCAGUCUAGCUGUGAGCAUGUUAUUGAACAAUGUUCUUUGUAACUGUCAGUCAUGGGGAUAGGAGAAUCAUGGGGAUAUAAAGCAAUAACAGCCUCAUUCCAACAGAAAGGCACUUACACAACGAGACAAGGUGUGUAUAGGAAAAUCAUGAACCUGCAGAUCUGUACUCAUCAGUCUGACAAGGCUGGGGUUGUUCAUCUUUGUGAGUAACUGCUUCUCUUACAGAGAAAACUAUACAAGGCUCUGAAGGAUAUCACAAUCUCUGUGAUAGCCUAAGACCUGUAGUGCUUUUGUUUUUUUUUUUUUUUUUUUUUUAAUACCUCUUCCCAAAGGCAAAUAAUUAUUUGGAAUGAAGACCAAACAACACUUAAGCAGAAUUCCAGAUUUAAAAAAUAAUAUCUGCUGGCCAGGGGUAAAGAAAUAAAGCAAAUCUAACAGGGUCAGGAUGCUGUCAGUGUUUUAAUGCCUACACCCAUACUUUAGGUAAGCUUUCUUCAGAACUUUAUUACUGCUCUUGAAAUCUUUGAAAGAAUUGUUGCUCUUAAUGAGUGCUAUUGUUGGCUUUGCCUCAUGAAACCAAGAAUCAGGGUGAUAGGCAAUUAAGUGGCAAAACAUUAAGGGAAACAUUUAUUCAAAUGAAGCUGCAAGGUCUAUGCACAGAGAUCAGCACAGUCUUGGCCCAGCUCAUUUGUGUUAUUUUUUUUCUUUCUUUUUUUUUUUUUUUUGGGGGGGGGGUUUGUUUUUUAUUUUUUUAUGUUAAGACAUCUUUACUUACCUGAAGAAAGCAUAUUGAAGCAGAGAGAUUAAAAGUAUGGUCCAGUUUAGCACACACAUCACUAACCCAAUUUCUGUGCCUGAUGCAGCUGCACAGCACAACUGUCUGGUGAAGUGGCAGUAGUGUCCCAUGGAUUUUCUUGAGAAAAAAAAUGGCAGGAGAAGUCUAGUCAGGCACUUAACAUUGCAUUAAACCCAUGGAAAAAAAGUAUACUUGUAUUCUUCCUUGUUUUUCCUAACACACAAGAACUGGGAGGUGGGAGAUAUUACUUCUUAAUCCCACUUCUGCUCUAAAUAUUUACAGACAGAAGGAUUUCCCAGAAGGGAGCUGAGUUUACUUACACGAGCUGAUGCUGUAAAUGCCACACCAAGCCCAAAUUUCCAUAAAAAACUGUAUAAUCACAGCAAAUAUUCUACAGUAGCAGCAACAUCCAUUUCUGUCUGAAUAAAAGUGACAGACAAAAUUUACCACAGCAGAAACUGCAGCCAGCAAAGCUCCUGGCAGUACAAUGACACCUUUGUCAUGCUCUCCUUAACAACCAAAUUAAUUAAAGAACAUAAUUAAUGACAGGAUGACUGACCACCUUUUUAUCUUUUUUAAAUGUCACUCAACUUCUCUCUCAGCACUUUAUGCUUUCUUCUCAUGCAGCUGACCUUGUCAUUGAUAAGAAGUUACAUGGAAGGAACAGUACUCAACAGUAUUUGAGCCAGUAUUUUAAGUUGCAAAUGAUAAAAGCAGCCUCUUGUGAUUCAGUGUGAUGAGUGUAAUGAAAAUGAGGAAGUUUUACUUUUUUUACAGAGUAUUUUCCCUGCAGGACUUGCCUAUCACAUUACAUGAAAUUUAGAAAUACCCCAGCUUUCUGUUCAGCUGGAAAGAAAGUUGCAGAGUAACAGAAGCAGUUAUUAAAGAUACUUCAGAUUUUAGUGUUUGGGGUUUUUUUUUCAUUAUGUAGCUGAACAGUUCUGCCAGACUGAGACCUCAAAAUGUCGUUUACAUUUCCUUUCUUUAAACUGGCUUUGCACCAAUACAAAGUCACACAGGGCAAAGUGACAACUCUGCAUUAAGGGACCCAGAGCCAAUAAAUGCAACUGGCCUUUGAUGCAGUGGGUACCAUCAGAAAGAGGUUUGAGAACAGAUAUUGGGACAGACUCUUGCACUAAGAGAGCUAAAGAAGCUCUCCCUUUGGAAAAAACAAAACCAACAAUCUGUUAAUAAUUAAAUAUCUUUACUUGUUACUUUUUGUGAAAUGGCGCUUCAUUUAACACAGAACUGGUUAAUUAAAGAACCAUUUUCCUUGCAAGCA